GUAUUCUCCGAUAGUGUCACAGUAAACACUUGGAAAACCCUGAUACAUCAGGUAUUUUAACGUGCUUCACGUUGGAAAUCUUAUUCUGCUUUUCGCGGUCGAAACAGAUGUAGUACUAUUGUCUAAUCAGAAUAGAAAAUCAGAGAUGGCCUCGUGUUACUUCACUCCCCUUCCAAUCUACCCAACCAAUCCAGAAAAUCGCAUGGCCUUUUCCAUCUUCCCUACAACCGCGAGAAUUAAUGACAUAGAACAACACACGAUAAUUGUUCCGACAGUCUCACAAAGGAAAACACAUAUUGGAAUACGACUGAGUAUAGCUCUCUCCAUUUCAACCAAUUUACUUUUCCUAGUGUUCAUAACAUGGAUGAUAUUCACGCAGUAUGACAUACUACAGGACAAUGUAGAAAAGUUGAUGCCAUCUGGGAGUGGACUUGGCCGAGUAGAUAAUAAAGCCAAUUGCCAGGUAGAUCUGUCUUCGGCCAUGUGUAUGCCUUGUCAGGACGUCCCGGCAUAUAUGUUGUGGCAAGGAAAGUUUGUCAAAGUUCUCAACGGAAACUCGGCACUUUGCUGUAGGAAAACUGAGCAUUCCUUAAAAUUGCUUUUCAAAGUAAUGAAAAAUGUUCAACUCAUUUCACAGAGAAAGAGCAACAUAUCAUCACAAGGUUUUAAUUCGUAUUACGCCGUCCUACCAUCAGAAGAUCAAUUUGAUCUUGGAACUCUGCCAUUAACAAAAGUGAGUAAGACAACAUCCUCGAAUUAUUGCACAAAAAUUACCGUAGGAGAAUCUGGAUGGUACAAGAUAAUCGCUGAAGUGACCACGUUAGCAAAUAGACAAAUUUGCCCCGUGCCCAGUAGGAACUUUGUCAGAGUUGUGUCUGAGGAUCCGAUACAAGGACGAAGAACAUUAUUGCAGAAAAAUUGGACUUGUCCUGACAACAUCACAGGGAAUUUAAUAAAUCCAGUACAUUUAAUAGAGACCUUCUACUUCCCCAAACACACAAUUGUUUAUGUAGAGGUUUCGAAUAGAGCUCAGAUAUACAAUUUUCGAACAUCAAACUAUGUAGCAUUAGUUUAAAUGAAAAACGUAUCCGAAAUUGAUCACUGUUCGUUAUCUUCACAUUUUAUCUGUGUAUAAUGUGAAGCAUGCCACAACUAGCAACAGUCGUAAUGGGGUGGUGGGGAAAGUGCUACGAAUAUAUUAAUUUUGUCUUGUUAGCUCACCUGAGCUUAAAGCUCAAGUGAGCUUUUCUGACCGCCUGUUGUCCGUCUGUAUGUUUGUCAACUCUUUAUAUUUUCGACUUCUUUUCCAGAACCACUAAGUCAAUUUUAACCAAACUUGGUAUAAAGCAUCUUUGGAUGAUGGGCUUUCACGUUUGUUGAACUGAAGUCCAUGUUCCCUUCAAAGGGGAGGUACCGCCGCGGUGGCCGAGAGGUUGGAGCGUUCGCCCCGCAUGCGGAAGGCCGGGGUUCGAAUCCCGGCCGCGACAGACCUAAGUCGUUAAAACAGGUAGUGACAGUUCCAUCGCCAAACGCUCGGCAUUAGGUAUGAAUGUCACGGGUCCUCGGAGAUGACCUUAAAAACGGAUGGCCCUUGUCACAGUAGGUGUGGCACGCUAAAGAACCCUCGCUGCUCAAUGGCCGUAAGGUCCGAGCAUAGGCCUAAAUUUGAAGCCCUUCACCGGUCUUGGUGACGUCUCCAUAUGAGUGAAAAAUUCUCGAGAGAGACGUUAAGCAAGAGACAAUCAAUCAAUCAAAGGGGAGAUAAUAACAAAAAUGCAAACAUAGGAUGGGGUCAUUUAAAAAUAUUCUUCUAAAGAAUCACAGGAUCAGAAGAACUGAAAGUUACAUGAAAUCUUACUGACAUAGUGCAGAUUCAAGUUUUUGAAAAUCAUGACCCCCAGGGAUAGGAUGGGGCCAUAAUAGGGGAUCAAAGUUUUACAUACAAAUAUAUAGGGAAACUUUUUAAAAAUCUUCUCAACAACCACUGGGCUAGGAAAGUACAAAUUUACAUGAAAGCUUUCUGACAUAGUGCAGAUUCAAGUUUGUUAAAAUCAUGGGUCCCAGGGGAAGGGUGAGAAAACCAGAAUACAUUGACGAUUUCAUUAUCAUAUAAUGGCUGCUAUUAUAUCAACUUGUUGUACUCACAAUGAAGAAGACUUUAUCGCUGGUUUGUAUGAUAAAUAUAACCUCACCCUGUGGUGGUUUAAAUAUGUCUAAAUCAUGACUUGGGGAUCAUCGAUUUAACAACACUAGUUCUUCUUUUAGAUAAAGAAUGCUGCAAGAAAUUCGGAGCGAAAAAGAAUUUUAUAUAUGUAUGUUAAAAUUAAAAAAAAUAUUUUUGUUUAAAAAUAUUCUUUGCUCCUUGUUUAGAUUCAUGUAAAAGUUAUGUAUAAUAAAGAUUGGUUUCAAAUAAA